AUGUCGUUCGAAUACGGUCAAUUCCCCAACACUCCACAAGAGGGAGCACCGGGCCAAGUUCCUACUCCUCAGGAUGGUGCGCCUCCAGGUCAGCAAGUCGACCCUUCUGGUCAACAGCCAAUGCAAUUUUCUCCCCAAGAUGGAAAUUCUGCCCCUCAGGGUGGCCCGGGAGGUGACCAAAAGACCACUCUCUGGAUGGGUGAACUUGAGCCAUGGAUUGAUGAGAACUUUGUUCGCAAUCUCUGGUUCCAGAUGGGUGAGCAAGUCAGCGUCAAAAUGAUCCGUGAUAAGUUUUCCGGUAGUAAUGCCGGAUAUUGCUUCGUCGACUUCGCCUCUCCAGCUGCUGCUGCGAAGGCUCUUCAAUUCAAUGGCCAACCCAUGCCCAACUCUGCUCGCCCAUUCAAACUGAACUGGGCUUCCGGUGGUGGCUUGGCCGAUCGCCGUGACGAUCGUGGCCCCGAGUUCUCCAUCUUUGUCGGUGAUCUCGGCCCAGAGGUCAACGAAUAUGUUCUCGUUUCUCUUUUCCAGAGUCGAUUCCCGUCGUGCAAAUCUGCCAAGAUUAUGACCGACCCUCUUUCUGGCAUGUCCCGUGGAUAUGGGUUUGUGCGAUUCUCCGACGAAAGCGAUCAACAACGUGCUCUCAGUGAGAUGCAAGGUGUCUACUGCGGCAAUCGUCCCAUGCGUAUCUCUACUGCUACCCCCAAGAACAAAGGAGGUCCAAUGGGCGGCGGUCCUGGAGGCCUCAACAUGCCCGGUGCAAACCCUAUGGGCUACCCUCAACAGAUGGGUGGCCCACCUCUUGGUUACUAUGGGCAGCAGCAACAACAACAGUCACCCCAGCCAAUGAAUCAGUUCACUGAUCCCAACAACACCACCGUCUUCGUAGGAGGUCUCUCCGGCUAUGUGACUGAAGAUGAGUUGCGUUCGUUCUUCCAAGGGUUUGGCGAGAUCACCUACGUUAAAAUCCCACCUGGAAAGGGUUGUGGCUUCGUUCAAUUCGUUCAACGCCAUGCUGCUGAGAUGGCCAUCAACCAAAUGCAAGGAUACCCCAUUGGUAAUUCUCGUGUUCGUCUUAGCUGGGGACGCAGCCAGAACAACUCUGGCCCAGCAGGUACUCCAUACCGUCCGGCCCCACCUCCCCCGAUCUACCCUUCCAUGGGUAUGCCUCCUUCACACUCAUAUGGCAAUUAUGCACCAAUGAAGUAA